CUACAACAACCAUGACUGAGAAAACCAAGAAACCCGUUGAAACAGCAGGCGAUGGACCGUCGACUGAAUGGGGCGAUACGCAAUUACUCGCAACCUUGGGUUACAAGCAGGAGCUGCGGCGGCAUUAUUCCACAGUCGAGGUAUUCGCCAUUGCCUUUAGCAUCAUGGGCCUGUUGCCAUCGAUCGCUUCCACCCUUUCGUUCUCUAUACCUGCUGGUCCCGCUGGCAUGGUUUGGGGUUGGCUAGCUGCGAGUGUGUUCAUUUUCAUUGUUGGGCUUGCCAUGGCUGAUCUAGCAUCUGCAAUGCCAACUGCCGGUGGCCUCUACUUCUGGACGCAUUAUUUCAGCGGCGAGAAAUGGAAGAGCCCACUGAGUUUUGUUGUUGGGUAUAGCAACACCAUCGGGCUCAUUGGGGGCGUUUGCUCUAUUGAUUACGGGUUUGCCACUAUGUUGCUUGCAAUUAUCUCUAUUGCGCGUGACGGUAACUGGACUGCUUCUCGGCCUAUCCUCUACGGGACCUAUGCAGGCUGUGUAGUUGUUCAUGGGCUGAUCGCCACGUUCUUUGCGAGAGUCAUGCCAAAGAUCCAGUCCGUGUGCAUCGCAACUAAUGUCGGUCUUGUCAUGGCAACUGUCCUUGCACUACCUAUCGGUAAGGUAGUCAACGGUGGGGCGAUAAACUCGGGCUCAUACGUCUUUGGACAAUUGGAAAACCAUACAACUUGGCCAAGCGGGUGGACGUUCAUGCUCGCUUGGCUCUCGCCUAUAUGGACUAUUGGGGCGUUUGACUCUUGUGUCCAUAUGAGUGAGGAGGCUACCAAUGCUGCGCGGGCGGUUCCAUUGGGUAUCCUGUGGUCAAGCGGGUUGUGUGGUAUUUUGGGGUUCCUUUCUCUCGCUAUCAUAGCCGCUGUUAUCAAUAAGGAUUUAGAGGCUGUUAUGAACACGACAUUCGGCCAGCCGAUGGCUCAAAUAUACUAUGACUGCCUCGGCAAGCCCGGUGCCCUAGGCUUUAUGGCCGUAUUAGCGGCUGUCCAAUUCUUCAUGGGCUUGAGCCUGGUUGUAAGUGCUUCUCGCCAAAGUUGGGCCUUCUCCAGAGACGGGGCUCUCCCAUUCUCCUCUUUCUUCCGCCACGUCAGUAAACGACUUCGCUACCAACCAGUACGCAUGGUCUGGGGUGUCGUCAGCACCGCCAUUGUAAUCGGCCUCCUCUCUAUUAUCAACGAUGCAGCCGCGAACGCACUCUUCUCCCUUACAGUAGCCGGUAACGAUCUAGCCUGGAUGAUGCCUAUUCUUUGUCGUUUGGUCUGGGGCCAAGACCGCUUCGUGUCUGGCGCGUUUUAUACAGGGAGGCUUAGCAAACCGAUUGCCGCAACGGCUGUGCUUUAUUUGACCUUCGCUAUCGUUCUCAGCAUGUUUCCUACCCUAGGCCCGGAUCCCAGUCCCGAUGAUAUGAAUUACACUGUUGUAAUUAACGGCACGCUUUGGGGUGGUGCAUUGUUGUAUUAUCUCGUGUAUGCGCGCAAGAUAUACCAGGGGCCACAGAUGACUGUGCGGUCUUCAUCUACGCCGUAUGAGGCGGGUUUCAUGGCUGCGGGAGUAGAAUUAGAGAAGACGGGGCUGUAGAUAGACCCUCUUUGAUCAAGUGUCUCAGGAUCUACAGUUUGGUUUAAUUUCCCAUGACUAGAUAGACCAGUCCAUUACCGUAUGCUGAACGUGUUACGCAGGACAACCACGGCAGUUCCAUAACAUUUUAUUGACAUCCCACACCAUAUUCCCAAAUAAUAAUAAUGGCCAUAAUGGGCAGCAAAAUAACAUCGUCCCACACUGUUUCCGGUUGCUCCGAUCUAUGGAAACCAUCCAUAGUAUUUCACCUCAGGUUCGCUUAUAUGUCGCCGGAAUGUGAACUGAC